AACUCAUUAAAAGAAGACGCCCAAAUUUCACGAACAUCACCCAUUAUAUAGAACAGAUAAACUGUAAUCCAAACUUUUCUUCCACUUUCUGGAAUCUGCAUUCUGGCUUCUGUAAUUCUUAUCAUCUCUCUCUCUCUCUGUGAAGAUGCCCUUCUGUGAGGUCGGUGGAGAUGGAGGUGCGAGCAAUGGGUUCAAAAUUUUCUACAAAACAUAUGGUCACGGGCCGACCAAAGUUCUUCUCAUCAUUGGUUUGGCUGGGACCCAUGAUUCGUGGGGUCCUCAAAUUAAGGGACUAACGGGGACGGAGACUCCCAACGACGAUGAUUUCACGGUCGUUGAUCGGAAACCAGGGGGUGAUGGAGGCAAUGGGCUUGUUGAGGUCUGCGCAUUUGAUAAUCGUGGAAUGGGUCGGAGCUCGGUGCCCACCAGAAAAUCGGAAUAUACAACAAAAAUUAUGGCGAAAGAUGCAAUUGCUCUAUUGGAUCAUCUGGGUUGGAAAAAAGCCCACGUUUUUGGACAUUCAAUGGGAGCUAUGAUAGCUUCCAAAUUGGCAGCUAUGGUUCCCAAUAGAGUUCUUUCUCUGGCUUUGUUAAAUGUAACUGGUGGAGGCUUUCAAUGUUUUCCAAAGCUUGAAAGACGAACUAUAUCCAUUGCAAUUCGUUUCUUAAGGGCGAAGACUCCUGAGCAGAGGGCAGCUGUGGACUUGGACACACACUACACAAAGGAAUAUCUUGAGGAAUAUGUUGGAGCUGACACAAGGAGAACAAUUCUACAUCAUGAAUAUGUGAAAGGUAUAUCUACAACUGGGAUGCAGUCUAGUUGUGGUUUUGAUGGUCAAAUUAAUGCAUGCUGGACGCAUAAAAUGACAAAUACAGAACUUGAAUUGAUUCGUUCAGCUGGAUUUCUCAUAUCAAUUAUUCAUGGCAGGUGGGCAGUCAUUGCUCAGAAUGUUACUCCUUGUUACAGCCCUUUUGAGAAAAUUAUAAUUUAUGGAACACCUGAAAGAAUCUCUUUUUUUUUUUUUGGACUAUAUAGGUAUGAUGUCAUUGCGCAAAUAUAUUAUGCAAGGAAACUUGCUGAGAAGUUGUAUCCCUCUUCCAGAAUGAUAGACCUUCAUGGAGGGCAUCUAGUGAGUCAUGAGAGGACAGAAGAGGUUAAUCAAGCUCUUUAUGAGUUGAUCAAGGCUUCAGAAAUGAAGAUCAGCCCAAGUGAGUGGACAAAUUUGCCAAUGGAAAGUUCUGGGACACAAAUGUCACUACUCAGCAGAUCAAAUGCCGAUGGAGGCUUCAUGUUGAGCACCGUGGAGAAGCUACGUCUUUGCCUAGUAUACCUUUUUGGUCUCUUGGUGUUGGUAUACGAGUACAUACGAAGAGCUUUGAGAAGUCUAAAACCAGUUAGAGAAAGGAAGGAGAAGCCCAACAGCCUACCUCUGUUCUUUUUGCAGGGUCUCGUGUAUUAAUUUCUGAGCCCACGAUUUGCCUCAUACUAUAACUGCUGGGUAUCAGCUAGACGAAAACCCCCUAGACAGGUGAACCAGCCUCUUGGACGUUCUUGUAUGCAACAACAAAAGGGGAUUGGAAACACUAAUGCAGGUUUUUCUGCAUCGAAGGGAAAAUUCAGCGGGAAUAGCUAGCAUCCUACCCUAACAUUAACUUGUCACUGCAUAUGCUAACAGCUAUGAGAGAGUAUAGUAUAUUUGUGCUGCUCACACCUUUGGAAUUUUAUUGAUAUCUGUUGUGAGGCAUACUUUUCCCCUGUUAAGAAUAUUUAUGUGAUUGAAAUUCACGGCUUAUGAAUACUCGAUAUACCUAUCUGAAUUCAAA